GGGAGAGAGGGGAAGAAAACACUUCUUUUCAAACAACAGACUCAGUCAUUCUUCCUUUGUAAAGGUGUGUUCGAAUCUUUUUUCCUUCCAAUAUUUUGAACUUUCAUCCGAUUUGCGGGGAGCGUGAUGAAGUAGUAUAGUGGGUAGCUGCAGUGGUUUUUAAUAGAGAGCGGAACUGAGAAUGCUUAGGCGCCCAUAACGUUAGGGGACGCAUCAAGUGUGUGGUUGCCAUAUACAUCCCACCAGUACACCAGUCGAGAAGUUAUCUGUGAACAUCCUCUCUAGUUCAUUCAUAAGGAGCUUGGCUACCUUGUAUUGGUCAUCUGUUAAAUAAUUCUCUUCAUUGUCUUCCAAUCAGCAAACAAAUUCAACAUUCUCAACUCUACGGCUACUCAUCGUUACCUUGCCCGUAUCUUCAGCGACAGAUAUCUAUCACCACUCCGCUCAUCAUACAGUCUCCGUUCGAUACCCGUCGCAUUCUUGACGCUCAUCAUUACGAUAUAAAUUGGACUUUACACAUCAGAUCAUCGCCUACGAUCUCUCUCUUUGAGCGUAAUCUAGUUCUCAAACUUGAUGAGAGGGGAUUUUGAAAUUCAUACUUUAGCCGGAGGUGCGGCGACAUCAUCGAUCAAGGGAAAGAUGAGCACCGUGAGCAAAACGACUACCACAUCAAGUCGAAUCUUAGACAUCCCCUGCAAAGUUUGCGGAGACCGGAGUUCGGGCAAGCAUUAUGGCGUCUACGCUUGCGACGGGUGCAGCGGGUUCUUCAAGCGCAGCAUUCGACGGAACCGUACGUACGUGUGUAAGAACCGAAGCGGUGGAGGCCCGUGCCCGGUGGAUAAGACGCAUCGUAACCAAUGUCGGGCUUGUCGACUCAAGAAAUGCCUGCAGGUUGAUAUGAAUAAGGAUGCUGUACAGCAUGAACGUGGCCCAAGAAACUCGACAAUCAAGAAACAGAUGGCGCUUUAUCUGAAAGAGUCUGCAGCAGCAGCAGCCGCAGCGGCAGCCGGUGAUCUACCUCCCCCGCUACUCCCCAACGGUUAUCUGCCAGGACCGGCCUUCUUUCACCCACUACUCGGUAUAGAGUCCUAUCCAAGCAUCAUCGUCAGCCCCGUAGAUUACACCAGUUUUUCACCCCAAGCCGUCCCGUGCUAUCCCACCCCAAAGUAUCCUCAUGAACCAGUCACGAUGAUGCCGCCCGUUGGGUCGGUAGAUGCCAUCUGUGAGACAGCAGCUCGUCUUCUCUUCAUGAGCAUCAGAUGGGUGAAAAACGUUCCCGCCUUUAUCGGGCUACCAUACUCAGAUCAGCUCACGUUACUGGAAGAGGGCUGGAGAGAGUUAUUUAUCUUGGGAGCAGCGCAAUGGCAGAUGACAGUAGAUGGGCCUGGUCUCAUGGCUUCAGCAGGUAUGAAACCCGACACAACACCAGCUGAGAAGUUAGCGGCCAUUUCCAGUGAGCUGCGGGUAUUACAGGAAUUGAUCGCCAAGUUCAGGCAGCUCAACGUUGAUGACACAGAAUUCGCUUGCUUGAAAGGCAUCGUCAUCUUUAAGACAGAUAUCAGUGGAAUCAAGGAGACAUCCUCAGUCGUCACACUUCAAGACCAAUCGCAGCUGGCUCUAAGCAAAUACAUCACGGUUCGGCAUCAAACCCAGCCCUACCGGUUCGGCAAGCUUCUUCUUCUCCUUCCGAGCGUAAGGGCCAUCAGACCGACCACCUUGGAGCAAAUCUUCUUCUGGAAGGCCGUCGGGUCAACUCCCUUCCAUACACUCCUCACAGAUCUGUACAAGAAGAACGAACACUUUUAGGAAAACAAAAAAUGCGUGAAACAGUGAAAAUGAACAUGAUGUGACCGUCAUUCUGCGUUAAUUGACGCUAGGAGACGUCUUUGCGUGGAAAACAUUAAAUGUUGGACUGUUGAUGUAGUCGAUCGAG